CCUUGUCUCUCUUUUUUGUUUUCAAUCUAUCUUUUUUUCUGCCCCAAGUGAUUAUCAUUUCUUAUGUUGAAUACAGAGUCUAUGGAGUAUCGUUAUGUUGGCCAUUCCGGCUUGAAAGUGAGCAUACUCUCCUUGGGUUCAUGGAUAACAUUUGGAGGACAAAUCUCUCCCGAACAAACAACGGAAAUCGUGAAAACUGCUUUGGAAAAGGGCAUCAAUCAUUUUGACGUCGCAGAAAGUCAUGCAGGUGGCCAAGCAGAAGUGGAUUUAGGACUGGCGUUAAGAAGUCAAAAGGGGCUUCGAAGAAGUGAUUUUGUAGUGUCUACCAAAGUGUUUUGGGGAGGCAAAGGUCCGAAUGAUCGAGGAUUAUCCAGAAAACAUGUGUUUGAAGGCACGGUCGCCUGUUUACAACGAUUACAAUUAGAUUAUGUCGAUAUCCUUUAUGCUCAACGACCUGAUCCCGAUACGCCAAUGGAAGAAGUGGUUCGCGCCUUUAACUGGUGCAUCGAUAAAGGGAUGGCCCUUUACUGGGGCACAAGCGAAUGGCCCGCUUACCUUAUUACAGAAGCCAUGAACGUGGCUGAACGUCUGCAUCUCAUUGCGCCCAUCACAGAAUCCCCUCAAUACAAUAUGCUGAACCGAGAACGUGUGGAGAAAGAAUACUGUCCGCUCUUUAAGCAAUACAAACUUGGCAUUUGCACAUGGUCUCCCUUGGCGUCAGGACUCCUCACUGGCAAAUACAACGACGGUACCAUUCCGCCUUAUACGCGUUUCGCUAUCCAGGACCAUCCAGUCAUCAAUCGACUGCGUUGUGGCCUUUUCAGUGAGGAAGGAAGGCGCAAGUUGGAAAAGAUCAAGCGUGUCUGUCAGAUAGCAAAGACAUUGCACGUCACUCCCGCUCAGUUGGGCAUUGCUUGGUGUUUGAAGAAUCCAAACGUGACCUCUGUCAUCAUCGGUGCAUCGACACCCGCACAAGCCAAAGAAAAUAUUCAAGCUCUCAAUGUGAGGCAUUUGUUGACGGACGACGUCAUGUUGGAAUUAGAUACGUUACUGGCGAAUAAACCUGAUCCUGUGUUUGACUUUAGGAAAUCAUAGUCCCAUCCAUCCAAGAAGAAAACGAGAGUUGGGGGAUAGUGCCAUCCUUCAACACAAAAAUUCAUGUAUAUACAUUGUAUAUAUAUAUAU